ACAUAAAACCAUUGCAGGCAUUUGCAGAAUAGAGUCACUACGAGGAUAAGCAUAUCAAUUAACGAGUAAUACAGGGACAUAAGCAUCGAUGGUUGAUUUUUCUCCGGUUUCGGUCGAUCGAGUUUUGCAAUGGGUCGAAAAUAACCCUGUUAAUUACACCACCGCCACGGCUGUUAAUAACGGCGUCUUUUUGGACAUUGACCUCUUGCUUCAGCUGCUUGCAAGCAAUAGUACGACUGCCAUACAAAACAAAGUGGAACAAGCCAUGGACAUGGUUAAGCUUCAUCUCAUGUUUACUGUAAAAGAAGAAGUACAAAUUUUACAGGGUCAACUUCAACAGUUGUCUGAUAAACAUAAGAAGUUACAAUUAGAGAACCAACGGCUACGACAAGUUAUCGAUCCUCAAAUUCUAGCAAAUGUACUUCCUUGA